UACCUACCACUAUGACUCGUAGAGGUCCCUUACGAUCUCUCUUCAUGACAGCGGGAGCCUCUAGGCGAAUCUAUCUAACAGGUUCGGUUGAUUGUAGGAGAUAAUUACGAAGUGCAAUUACGGUGUGUAUACUUUGGGCGUUGAUUAUUGUUUGAAAACAGGCUACACGGUAUAGAAUUUUCGGCCAAAAAUGGUCUCCGACGUACACUGAAACCCAAGUUUAGUUUUUGUCAAAUCAUGUUGAGUAAACUGGAAAUGGGAUUUCUCGGAAGCAGAAGAAGUUGUAUUAUUGGAAUAGAGGUUAGGUAGGCUCCGGAAAAGGCCAUAUGCUGUCAGCAGGCCUAUACUUGUUUAGGGAGUCUGUGUACGUGCCGCGAUAUAACAUUUAUCGGUUCGUGUGACACCAAAACAAGCGUUUGUGGCGUGGUAUACGAUAUAGGAAUUGUACGACAACACUUAGUUGCGAAUAAUAUCACGGCGGAAACGAUUUUCGCAACGGAAAGGAUAUCAGGAUAGUUGGCAUUGGGUGGGAGCGAAAGGGGGCGAAGUAGCCUUGGAGGUCUACACAUAUUGCUUUUGAUGUAUUAGGUACCUACCUAGGUAGGUAGAUGCGGCCCGGCUCGUUAGUCUACCCGGAAGUGUUAUAAAUAACCCUGACAUUACAUCACUGGAAGAAAGGGGUCUUGCAAAUAGCGUCUAAGAAGACUUACCAGAUAGUCUAGACCAUCGCCGUUCUAUUCACAACUACGAUGUCUCCACGCUUUCCAGCCGAUGAAGCCAAUGUCGAAUCAGCUAUCGACGCAGUACAACAGGCCUUGUCAAUUAUGCACAAUGGUCCACCACCGUUCAAAUGGAUCGAUGAUGACGGAAAGUCGCCUUUAGCGUGCUAUGCGCCGUUUAGCUACACGCCUGAAAUGUGCAAACAGUUUUUCGUCAUGGGUAAGCUCGCAUACGGCGCUCAGGGUGUAAAGCCACGUAACCGUGAGCUUGCAAUCGUCGGCAUAUGCUCUGUCUUGGAUGUGCCUUUCAUCGCGCGCAGUCACAAAGCCAUCGCAGAAGGGCUAGGUUUCUCGCAAGAGCAAUAUGAGACCGCGCUUGCAGGCAGGGUACCGUCGGACUUGAGUGAGGAGGAACAGGCAGCGUACCGUCUUGGCCGCACUCUUACAGGGCUGACAGGGCGCCUAGAUGAUGAGAGUUGGAUUGAAUUGAGUUCCCGGCUAGAUAAGAUGGAACUCGUGGGGCUCAUGCACAUCAUCGGCGGGUAUCGAUGGGUUGCUCUUCUAGAACAGGUGAAUGGUGACUAUCAGAAGCUAGAGUGAUUAGGUAUCUUAGAGGGUAGGUAGGGUUCGCUUCGUACGACAUGAUAGGACUUCCAAUUUCAUUCGGUCGAUGCAACGUCGGGGAUAUAGGUGCCUAAUAUAU